AUGGUCUUCCCUCCGAGUUUUUUCAUUGUGAUCUUGUUACUGCUGGGGAGGACAGAUGGAGAUUCAGUGGAUCAGACAGAAGGUCACAUAGCCCUCGUUGAAGGGGCAACACUCACUCUUAACUGCACUUACGAAACUAGCUACUCUUCUCCUUACCUCUUCUGGUAUGUUCAGUUUCCUGGGAAUGGACCUCAGCUCCUCCUGAAAGCCAUGUCUGGGAAAGAGCAGGGGGAAAGCGGGAAUGGAUUUCAUGCCAAACUCAAUAAGACUGUGAAGUCUUUCCACCUGAGGAAACAAGCCAUUGCCCUGGAAGACUCGGCUGUGUACUACUGUGCUCUGAGUGACACAGUGACAGGGGCUGCAGGGGGAGCUUUAUACAAACCCCUGACAGACCCAGCAGCAAUUUGGGGUCUGGGCAGCCCUGGAAGGGUGAGAGGCCUGGACAAGGUUGAGCAGAUCCCUCCAUCCCUGACCAUCCAGGAGGGGGAAACUGGCUCCAUGAACUGCAGCUACGAAAUUAGCGGUUUUCAAGGUUUACAGUGGUACCGGCAGUAUGACGGAAAUGGCCCUGAAUUACUGUUUAUCCUGAGGUUAAAUGGAGAUAAUAAAAAGGAAGGAAGAUUGACUGCCAGUCUCAGUACUGAAAAAAGUGUCAGCUCCCUGCUCAUCAGGGACUCCCAGCUCGGAGACUCAGCCACCUAUCUCUGUGCUAUGGAGACACAGUGA